GGCGUAGUUGUAUUCCUUCGCUUCCCAAAUAAAGUAUUGGAGGUGAAUUUUGAAUGUGAAAUAAUUUAUAUAAGAAGCCCUCGUCGUUCAGCUUGAGAUAAUACCAUUGUGUCAAUCCUUUUCUUUCCAUAUCAUAAAGCUAGCUAGGCUUCACUCGCCUGUUUGUCGUACACUUUUCAUAUCAUAACCUUUUCCCUGGAAACUCCAUCCUACGUAGCACUAGUUGCGAACUUUCCAACAUGGCCUCUCCCUCCGGCAAGAAUGUGCACUUCGUGGGGAGUAUCUGUCUCCCUGACACGCCAACUGUUUACCGUACACUCAGUGCUACAUUUCCCACCCAAUUAAAGCGUAUCCCGGAUGGUGAACCUGGUAACCGAGGGAACUUCGUCCUCUGGCAAAGAAGCGUGUUCUAUAGAUACCCUUAUCUAGUCCGCUCUUUAUAUUUCUCCCUUGCCAAGGAUCCAGGCCCAAUUCCCAUUUCUCCCGAGAAGAUCCAACUCAUGCCUAUUGGAUAUGAUGAUGCUGCCAUAGACUCGUAUGCUACUUUUUGUAGACUUCGGGAUGGUGGUGUCAUACCGAACGGGGUGAAAUUCCAAGUUUCACUUCCUACACCCAUCAAUGUUCUUCACGUAGCAAUCGAGCCAGCAUAUCAAGAAGCAGUUGAACCAGUUUAUACAAAGGCUUUACUGAAAGCUGUUCGUCGUAUUCAAGAUGAGAUUCCCGCAGAAGAUUUGGCUCUACAAUGGGACGUUGCUGUGGAGUUUGCAUUUCUGGAAGGAGUUGUGUUGCCUCCACUACACUGGAUCAUGGCCUUAAAAGACAGUAUUGUCAAUCGUGUCCUCGAAUUAGCAGAUGCUAUAGACCCAUCCGUCGAACUCGGCUUCCAUUUCUGCUACGGUGAUCUUGGACAUCAACACUUCACGCAACCGAAAGACAUGAGCUUAUUAGUCGAUGUUGCGAAUCGAGUCUUGACUGGAACAAGAAGGAGAAGACCGGUUAAUUGGAUUCACAUGCCUGUACCAAAAGAUCGGAUUGAUCGAGGGUACUUUGAACCAUUGAAAAACUUGGAGAAGAAUGAUACAGAGUUGUAUUUGGGAGUCUUACAUCAGGAUGACCUUGAGGGGACGAAAUUAAGAAUUAAAUCUGCGAGUGAAGUUGUUGCAGAUUUUGGUAUCGCGACAGAGUGCGGUCUAGGUCGCGCGGAUGCAAGAGAGUUGGAGAGUGUCUUGGAAAUUGCCAAGAAGAUUACGGAAGAAAUGUAGAAAAGAAUGAAAGAGUGUAAUAGACGCGAGGACCAUUAAGAGGUGAUUGUUUUGGUACUUCAGCGUUUGCAUCUUGUCAACAUCUAGUUGAUACCCAUAGCAGGCUUGACUUCAAACACAGCCUCUUUCAUUGCCUGACCAUCAAUAGAUUUCAAUCUCUGGUCA